AUGGAGUGUCUACAAAAUGCAUUAUCAAGUAUGGAACCAAGUAAGCCCUUUAAUGCUUCCAUGUUGUCCAGUGUAUCUAUUGUAUCUCCAAUUGAAAGAAAAGACAAGGUUGGAGCAGGAAGGCAUACAGUGAAAAAAUCAACAACUGAUCCCCUGACAGUAUCCAGCUUUUAUCUUGAAUCCUUUUACACCUUGCGCAAGCCCGUAGCAUCCACAAUAAAUACAUUGGCUGGUGCCCUCUAUAAGGUGUUUUGUGCUUCACCCGAUCAAGCAAGAAAGGAAAUGCGUGAAGCUUGCUUUGAUUAUUUAAGCCUUGGAGGUGUUUGUUCGACAGGACCAGUGUCUUUAUUGUCAGGAUUAAACCCUCGCCCAUUGACCUUGGUUCUCCAUUUCUUUGCCGUGGCUAUAUUUGGUGUUGGUCGCUUGUUAUUGCCAUUUCCCUCUCCUAAACGCAUGUGGAUUGGAGCCAAAUUGAUUUCGGGUGCUUCUGGUAUCAUCUUACCGAUCAUCAAGGCAGAAGGAGUGAGACAGAUGUUUUUCCCCGCUACGGUUCCUGCAUAUUACAGAGCUCCUCCUAUGAAGUGAUGGUGUGAAAACUGAAUUAUGGAAUGACCAAAAAAACAAAAAAUUCAAGCACUUCAGAAUUAGGGAACAAAUUAAACAACCGUUAUACUGUCAAGACUGGCUAGUUCUUCAAAGCAAAAGCUUUCCCUUGUUCUGUUCAAGUUUUAGGGGUUUAGGUUGAUCGCUUUGUUGUGUAAUUUUGUUCUUAAGACAUUCAUUUUAGUGUGUUGAUUACAUUUCUCAUAAAUCAAUUUGCAUAUAUGUAUAAUUUUUUCCCCCCUCUCCGCAAUGCUCAUUUCACUGUAUGGUUAGAAUUUUCAUGACUGAAAAUUAAUGUAAUUGUUAAAUCUAGUAGAAAAAAUAUUAUUGCACCUCAAAAACAAGAAUAUUUAUAUACAUUUUAUUUUCAGUCGAA